UUGAAUAUUAAAUAUCUUUAGCAAAUCCAGGAUCUCUGCUUCAGUCCCUGGGUGUGGGCAAUUUGUAAUGUGUGGAACAGAGGAUCUCUAGAAAAAUUCCUCUUUGUCGUUGGAGGUAAAAUUCCAACAUUUGAAGUCCAUUUUAAGGGAAAAGAAGAGUAACAGAGCCAAGAGCACACCGAUAUGCAAAAGGUGAAUUGUUUACCAGCUCGGAGGGACUGAAAUAGUCACUAAGUGAAACACAAGCGGUGGUGUUUCUCAUAUACAAAAGAGCAUUAGGCCAAAUCCAAACCCUUGCCUGAGAAGACAUCACCACACCAUGAAGAUCUCCGGGACUUCACUGGACCUGAGUGUAGCUGAAUGUAGUGUGCUAGAAUUUGCCGGUCUAUGUAUGCUCCCUGUACAAACAGAACCACUAAUACCUCACUCCAUGCCUGCUUCCGAACCAUUACCUUUGCUGCAGCAGAGCAGCGUGAACCUCUGUGCCAUCUGCGCAGACAGGGCUACAGGGAAACAUUAUGGUGCAGCGAGCUGUGAUGGUUGUAAGGGAUUCUUUCGAAGGAGUGUACGCAAGAACCAUACUUACACAUGCAGGUUCAGUAGACAGUGUGUGAUGGACAAAGACAAAAGAAACCAAUGUCGCUACUGCAGACUUCGAAAGUGCUUAAGAGUUGGCAUGAGGAAAGAGGCUGUUCAAAAUGAGCGUGACCGUAUCAGCUGUCGUAGAGAGGGCCAAGGGGUGGGAACGCUCACCAUCGAUGUGUUGCUGCAGGCAGAGGCCAGUACUCAUCAGCACCUCUCCCUGAAUCCCAUGAGGGACAUCAACACCAAGAAGAUAGCCAGCGUGGGUGAUGUGUUUGAGUCCAUGAAACAGCAGCUCCUUCUCUUAGUGGAAUGGGCAAAGCACAUCCCUGAAUUCUGUGAGCUUUCCGUGGAUGACAGGGUCGUGCUGUUGAAAGCUCACUCUGCAGAACACCUCAUCUUAGGGGUGGCACGUCGAUCACUGCCCUACAAUGAUGUCAUCCUGUUGGGAAAUGACUUCAUCGUUCCUGUGAGAGGGAAUGAGCAGGGGAUGUCCAAGGUAGCAGAUCGUAUCUUGGAGGAGCUGGUGAGACCUCUGAAAGAGCUCAGCAUCAGAGACACAGAAUUUGUCUGUCUCAAAACCAUUGUCUUCUUCGCCCCAGACUGCCCUGGACUACAGUGUGCCCAGGCAGUGCGCCGGCUGCGAUUCCAGUCCCAGGUGUUGUUGGAUGAGGCCACUAGCGAGCAGCGAGGGCGAUUUGGGGAGCUGCUGUUGCUGUUGACCACACUUCAGAGUGUGGCCUGGCAGAUGGUGGAGCAGUUGCAGCUAAUGCAUCUCCUGGGCAAGGCCAACGUGGACAGCCUGUUGAUGGAGAUGCUACUGGGAGAGGAGGCAGCCAGAGGAUCUGAAUCACUGCAGGCCUCAGUUAUCAAAUUAACUUGUUGUUCCCCUAGAAAGGAAGAAAAACAAAUGAGAUCUUAAAUAUCUCAAUUGACAGUGAAGAGAUUAUAUUAAGAGCAAACUGUGACAUUUGAUUAAGUCUCUUGCUACUCAGUUUUUACUUCUGAAAAGAUACUAAUGUCUGCUACCAAUAGUAAUAGAUUUCCAUAUACAGUUUACAUACAGGACAUACGGUAAGAAUUUAGACAAAAUGUUAUUUCUCUUAUGGAAUUUUAGGGUAAACAUCUUAGACAAAGUUGAUACUUCAAUGAAUCAUAACUGAGAACUUUAUUAAGUCUCUGAAGCUAUGAAAGAGCAAUCUCUGAGUGGUCAAAUUUACCUUUGAGUUGCCACAUUGCUGAUUAAUGGUCAGUAUAUAAAGUCUUGUGUUUAGGCAAGCAGUGCUGGUCCUAACCAUCAUGGAAAGUUAGACGUUCUCCAGCAUAAACUUCAGUGAACUUAGAGCUGAUUAAGAUUAUAGAGGGUCUCAGUUCAGAGUCCAUCUGUCUCAGUCGAAGCUUCCAAGUUUAAGAUAAGACUCAACAUCAGUCCUUUAAGGAAGUUGAAGCUCUCUCUGCCUUACCUGCAGCUGCAGUAUGAACAGGUUGAAAAAGCAAUAAUGGUAUAAAACAGUGAGUGUGCUCUUUUUUGCCUCUCUGUUGAGUCAAAUCCUGAGCCACAAAUACUCUAUACAUCUACAGAGCCUGUCCUCUCCAAAGAAAUAGUGACAGAGCAUAUCCCACAGCCUAACAUCACAUCAGUGAUCCUCCCUGUACCCUCGUGUGAGUAUCUGGAGCUCAGGUAGCUAGUAAACUGUCAAUCCUAGGUGUGGGCAAUGUGAUAAAAAUUGUAUUUCAGGAUUUGAAUAAUUUUCUUUCAUGAUAACGAUAUAUAUCACAAUAUAAUAUUUUUGGGGGAAAAUUAAUACAAAUGUGUUUAUAUUAAAUAACCAUAUUGUAAUGGCUAUUUCUGGA